AGUAUUUGGACACUUUUAACAUAUAUUAACGUAGCCAGAGAAUGUACAAUAAUCGUAUCGGCUUCCAAUAAUUUUUUCUUUAUGGAAACGGCAGUUACGCACAUUGGAAUAUUGAUGAAUGGAAAAAUUAUAAGAGAAGACACUACGAAAAAUCUUAUGGAAAAAUUUAAAACGUCUUGCAUAGAAGAUUUGUUCGCAGAAAUAAUAUUUGCCAAAGAUAAACUGCACAGAAAUACCUUGGCAAAAAGAAUCAGGAGAUUAUCGAUCUUUAAUGAUCGUAUUUCGCACCAAUAUACGUCAUUACUAAGUUCCACGUUCAAUACGGAACUCGGUGAACCCAAAAAACGAAAAAGCGAACUACAGGCACUAAUACUAAAAAACAUUUGGACUUUGAUCAGAAUGUAUUCGUAAGCGUCCUUUUACGAUUUUAACUUAAUAAAAUAUUAGUACCUAUUAAAUAAGUUAACACCUAUUUACCUAUAUACUUACAUUUAUAAAUGCGAUGUCAUUGCAAUAAUGCAAUUAUAUAUCUACGCCGAUCAUAAUCAGUAAUCACCAUGUUAAAUGUUUGUAAGAAAAUAAUCUUGAUUUUGUGCCACGCAUACAAAUACUGGGUGAUCCAUUUAACGUAAGAUUUUUCGUUAAGUAUUUCAGAAAACAUUAACCUUUUUUUUUACUUUUUUAUCUUCGUACUUGGAGAGAGUAUUUAGAUCUAUCAAAAUAAAAUUUUGGAAAAUCAGAUUAUUAGUUAUAACUAUUAUAGGUAUUUAAAAACCCUGUA